AAGUGUUGAUGUGAUUUCUAAAAUAAUCUAGUAAAUUGUGGUAAAGGAAUUAAAUUGCAGAAUCUGUGUGAGGAAUCUCAAAUUAUCACGUGAUCACAAUGUCUGAGAAGGAAAUAACACACGAUCGAAAAUGAAAAAUAUUUCAGGUCAAGCUGUAUUAGAGACCAUGUCCAGUUUUAUUUAGACCUCCCAACCCCCCGUCCUGUAGUAAUGAGUACAUGACUUGCUAUACACCUUCCAAUUAUAACACUCCAAUUAUAACACUCCCAUUUUGGAAAACAAAAAGUUCCACAAACAAAACUGUGCAUGUUGAUGUUAAACAAAAGAUCAUUUAAUGUAGAUGUAUACACAUUUACUACGUGCGAUGGAAAAAUUGUCAAAAUUGCCUGUUAUACCACAACCCCACCCCACCCCUCAUGAGAAUCUCCAUUCAAAAUACAAGGAUUGUUCUAAACUGGCAGUCAAAAAGGCUUGCUCUUGCUGUAAACCAUCUAUACCAACAAAAGUAUGAGAGUAUGUUAUGUGAGUCAACAAAAUUAAACUAUUGUCUGCUUUCACUUGACAGUCUCCCUAAACAAGUUUUAUUUAUCAUUUUCUUGAACCAGGGAGAAAAGCAAGGAGCAUGCUGCGAUUAAACUGCAGACUCUUUUGAUGGGAUACAUAAGUCCUAUCAGUCGAACAUAAAAUUCUUCAAAAGAAGUUCUUCGACAGUCUACUAGUAAUAACAUAAAAAUGGCGGGUGUUUUUGGCUCCGAUGUUCCAGACAUAGUGCUGCAAAGCUUGUUCAAAAAGUAUGAUUUAAAUCAUACAGGCUAUUUGUCAUCAAGGGAGGUAAGAAGUCUCCUGGGACACGAUCUUCGAAUGAGCGAGAAUGAAAUCGACGCAUUCUCAUUGCUGAUGGAUGAAGAUGGCAAUAAUUCGAUUUCUUAUGAAGAGUUCAAGGCAUGGAUUCAGGAUGAAAAAAAAUCAGGGUUGCUGCAUGAUCCAAGUGGCACUCGAUAUCAACUAUUGCUUAAAGCCGUGGAGUAUUUUAAACAGUUCGAUGCUGAUGAUAACGGGGCACUUGAAGGACAAGAAAUUGUUAUGUUAAUGAAAUCGAUCGGUGUCAGAGAAGAAGGCAUCGAAGAAGCGGUAAAUAGCAUUGACAAGGAUCAUAAUGGGAAGAUAUCGUUUAAUGAGUUCUUGAAAUGGCUUCAGUGGAUUCCGAUGGAUGAUUUUUGAUAAAAAUAACGAGGUUUUCAACAGUGACACUUCAUUUAUAUAUUUUAAAAAGGAAAUUGGUAGCCUUUAGUUAAGAAUUCACACCGUUGCAAGCCCUGUCAAUUUCAACAAAUGCAUUCAUGAAAAGGGAGCAAAUGCUAGACAAAAUUUAGCCAGCAAAAAAGAUAGUGUUGCUUUGAUUAUGCAGAAAUGCGUUAAUUGAUUAUUUCCAUCAAGGGAUUCCAAAAUUUAUUCUAAAUUUUGAAUAUUCUUGUAGGGAAUUUAAAGACAUUUUGGUGUCAAAAUGGUAAAAUUUCGGACGGCAUGAAUUCUCUGGCGAAAAGUGCAUCAAAGUGCAAAAAUUGUUAUAUUUUAAUCAAAUAUGCUUAUAUGUGGGUUUGAGUAGUUUUAAUUUAAUGAGUUUUGUAAAAACAUUAACUUUAGACUGCGUGAAAUCUUUGUGUCAAAGUUUAACUAUAACGCAUUUUAGAAGAGGCAUAUCUGAGAAGAGGUAUGAAAUGCACGUAAGGUAUUUCUAUCAUGCGCAUCAUCAAGUCAAAUUGGCAGUGAGUGUCAGCCUCAAUUUCAUGGAAACAUAAAGUCAUAAGGAGGCUUGAAUAUUGAAAUCAUAAGUGGAAAUAUGAAUAUACACACCCCUUGGCAGAUCAUUGUGCGAGAGAUCAACAUCUAAAAUAAUAACGAAUGAAAAACAUUACGGCAUGAAUAUAUCCAAGAAAACCUUGAUUAUGGGAUGAUUGUUUCUAUAGAACUUCUAUUUGUGUGACUUUUACAAUUGAAUCAUAUAUGAGUUUAAGCAAAAUGUAUACAGUACAACAAGAUUCUACAAAACAAUACUGGUCUUUUGGUCUUUUAUUACUUCAAAAAAAUUUUGGACAAGAUUUUGAUCCGUAGAAACAGCUGUUGCUCGCAUAACGCUGAUUAUAUCAAGGUUAACAAAAACGAUUUCAAAAAUAUUCUUCUUUAUGGUUAUUUGAAUAGCAAAUCUUGGUCUUAAAAUGGAAAAUGUUGAAAAGAUUACUUUAUACGAAUCAAAAUCGAGUAGUACCUGUAAGAUUUUCAAGGUUGUCCAAUUUAUGCGGCAUGUUUGAGAUUGUUCUCUGGAAAAUAAAAUUCAAUCUAUACCGUAUUAAUGCCGUAGAAAUUUUCUAUUUACUAUUGCUGCACGCCAAGACUUAAAAAGAAAUAUGAAACAGAAAAUAAGUUAACUGAUGCAGUUAUAGCUAUGGUAUAAUUUUGUCUCUCGGUUACAAAUUACUGAGACUGCUUGUAAAGAUUUUAUUU